AUGUCAACCGCCAGCGCUGUCGAGAAGCCGACGCUGCUCGUUGUCGGCGCACCGAUUCGCGAGCCCAACCGUGGAAAGUGGGCUAAAUUCUGUCAAAACUUCAACAUCCUAACGUAUACCCGUACCACGAAGGAAGACCUACUCAACUCCUUGAAGCCUGGCGGCAAGUACUCGCAGAUAGACGGGAUCAUUCGCCCCAGCAAUACGCACAAUAACCUCCCACGGUUCAAUAAGGAAUUCAUUUCUCACCUGCCCCCUUCGUUGAAAAUCAUCUCGUCUGUGAACCACGGGUAUGACAGAGAAGACACAGAAGAGCUGGGCCGACGGGGAAUAUGGUAUUGUAACGGUGCUGGGGGCGCCAACGACUCAACUGCGGACACGGCGCUGUUUCUCAUCAUAGCUGCAUUCCGAAAUACCACAUUCUGCGAGCAUACCCUGCGAACAAGACGGAGUGGAGACUAUUUUACCAUAGAGAAAGAGGUCGCUGAGACUUCGCACAACCCGCGCGAUAAGAUCCUUGGGAUUGUGGGGAUGGGACAGGUCGGGGUGGCCACUGCAGUGCGGGCAAAGGCACUAGGCAUGAAGAUACAUUACUUUACCCGGACGCGCAAGCCUGCAGAGGUUGAACAGGAGGCUGGAGGUGCAGUAUACCAUUCGACACUAGAGUCUAUGCUGAGAAUUGCCGAUUGCGUGCUCCUUGCAUGCCCUCACUCUCCGGAAACGCACCACCUGCUUAACAAGAAUAUUUUUAAACUAAUGAAAAAGGGAGUAAGAGUCGUCAAUGUUGCUCGAGGCAAAUGCAUUGAUGAGGAAGCGUUGGUUGAUGCUAUUGACGACGGCAUCGUGGCUGGCGUGGGCCUGGAUGUUUACCAUGACGAGCCCACCAUUAAUCCGAGAUUGCUGGACAAUUGGAAGACCACCUUGCUGCCGCACAUUGGCGGCGCGUGUAUCGACACUCAGAUUAAUUUUGAGAGAAUCGCAAUGGAGAACAUCGAGGCGUUUUUCCUGGGAGAUGGAAAGCCAUUGACGCCUGUCAAUAAUGUUACUGGCCCACGUCUUUAG